GUGUAGACGGAUAUGAUGCGGCGACGACGUUGGGGAUUGGAGAUGUAAAAAAAAGGAAAGAAGAAAAAAAAAGAAAGAAAAGAAAAGAAAAAAGUGCGCAACGUAUUUACCUGGGUACCUAUCUACCCGACUUCAGGGGCUGUGGUAGGAAACUAAUUAGAUUAUAUUGGCGGGAACAGUUUGCUGUUGCCUUGGUUAUCUCCCGAACAUACAUCUCCAUCUUACACUUUACAACAACGCAACCUUUUGAAUCUCGCCUGCAGCGUGAAUACGAUCUCGAACAACGUCUACAACAUACUAUUUCGACCUCGCAUUUAGUUAGUUCCAAGUUUUCGGACUUCUCAUCCCAUUGGAAGCUCGAGAGAAGUAAAAUUGACACACAAAAGACACCGCAAAAGUAUCGCCAGCCGCACCGGCGCUGUCCCACUUUCUUUCCUUACGUGGCAAACAUAUCCAGCACCUUCCCUCUUUUCAAAUAUCUUCGCUCUAGACAUUUACAUCCUCACCUUUGCAUCCCCAACCUUUUCGUUUAUUUACCAGACGCCAUCCACAUAUCCAUCAACAUCCCCGUACCAACCUCGCCAUCGCUUUUUCACGUUCGCCGCACCGAUAUCAAGAUGCCCGUCAACCCCCAAGCCCGCGGAGAUGACGCCCAGGUUAAGCCUUUCACAUACGACGAGGAAGUUAUGGAACAAUGGAAGAAAUAUAAGGAUAUCGUUUGCGUCCACAAUAUCAUCAGCAACAAUUCGGGUCUCCUUCGGCCCUGCAACUUCAAAGCCGCCCAUGCCCGUACGCACACGAAAGACGACUUAGAGAUUGUGAAGGGCGUCGCGGAUCCGGUAACUUAUUGGAAAACCGUGAUAGCAGAUCAUAUGAUAGCGCCUUGGAAGAAUUUCGAGCGAGUUAUGAUCUCCCUCGGAGAUAUCGUCCCAGGAGUAGCUGUUACAGAAUCGAGCGUGUACAAAUCGGUUCGCAAACAGCUUGAUAAAAUCGCCGAUGCAAUUAAGGAGAAAGAGCCAAGCGACAUCGCUCCGGCCUUGACCAACGAAUGGCCGUCGCCCGAAGAUAUCGAAGCUAUACGCAUUUACGGAGAUGCUAAGAUGGGGUUCGGGUAUCUUCCCGUGGGGAUCGUUAAUCGGCUCGCCAAAGCAAAGUUAACUCACCUUCUCUACGAGCCUAACACGUCCGAAGGAACUCCCGACGACUUCUGGGCCGGAGUCAUGCAGGCCCAGAGCGACCAUGGCGAGAAUAUACUAGAAGAUGGCAAUGACGAUGACGACGACACGGCUGAUCAGCUACUAGGCCAAGACGUUCAUGACUUUACCGAGGAGUUGGAGUGGGCAACGGAUAAGUAUAUUUCCGACGGGGUCGGCGCCGUCGACCAGAAGUAUCGCGAGGUAAUAAUGACUAUCCGCAGCGAAUUUUCCUCCAAGCUCAACAAUAUCAUGGCUGAAUGUACAGCCGCCAGAGAAGAAGCUUUCGAGGCAAAGGAAGAGGCCGCUAAGGCAAAGAAAGAAGUCGACACCUUGAAGGAUCAACUUCGAAACAUCGCCGAGAAUCAGGAUGCCGGCGGCUCUGGCCUGGACAGGGAGGAAGUCCAAGCUUUGAUCAUGGACUCGUUUAAGGCUUUUCUGGGAUCCAAGGAGCUCUACGACGUCGUAAUUAAUCACUUCACGAAUCAUCUUGCUUCCGAAGAAGGAACGAAAAUCCUACGCGACGCCGCCACGAGCGAGGAUGUAGUCAAGGCGCUUAAAAUCCCGGUCUUAAAUAUGGUGAAACCGGAUGCCUUGGCGUACGUCAAGAACGGGAUACAAGACUCGUUGCCGUCGCACAAAUCCCACGAACCACCAGCGCAGAAGCCGCAGACGCCCGCGCCGAAUGCCAGCUGGAUGAACUUUACGCCCCUCCAGCAGAAGGAGACCCAAGGUUCGCUGCCGUCGGCCUUUGGACCGAAGGUACGAAAGCUGGCCGAAGAAGGCUCGCAAACUCAGUCGGAAAAGGACAAGCGUCGCAAGAAGUGAGUGGUGAAGGAUAAGAGGUAAAGACGCCGCUAAUAAAGGUGAUUUGCCUAGGUCGAGUGAAGGACGGUAUGGGGAAGAAGAGGUUAUCGUCAUCGACGAGUGAGGCGAUAGGAGAGGGUCUCCCUUAGAAGUAGCCUUGGCCCAUGUACCUGAGGACCUUGGAAAUGCAAUUAGCUCAGCUUCCUUUGACAUAGCAGAAGAGUUUGAGACGAUGAUAAUAGCAGCUCAGAAGUAGCCUUGGCCCAUGUAUCUGAGGACCUUACAAUUAGCUCGGCUUCCUUUGACAUAGCAGAAGAUUUUGAGACGAAGAUGAUAAUAGCAGCUCAUACAACAAGCUUUCCGCCUUGAAUUAAUAGUUGUGUAUUUGGGGAUUUU